UCCAUGUGUCAUUCACUGGGUGUUUGAUUAAAUGCCUGAGAGACGUAUAGCUAUUGCUCUGAUGGUUUAAACAAUGAAGCCUGAAAUUCCUUGUUUGUGGCUUUGCUGAGUGCACCAAUGCAGAUUCCACUGCUAGCUUUCUUAACUUCAGCAAUUGAGCCAUUGACAUGCCCAUCUUAUGUUCAUUGCCUCUGCUAGUAAACAUUGACACCUACAUGUCCAUCCCAUCUCAUAUCACCAUAGCAGCACAGAAGUGUUAAUCUAGAUGUGUAGCAUCACAGUUAAUUUUGAAAGAGCCAAGAGAGCCAUGGAUGAAUAUCCAUUGUCACUCCCUGGAAAUUCACCUUCUAUGCCAAAUGUACAAGCCCCUCAAUCCCAAUAUGAUUCUAUUGAGGCUGAUGGCCAAUCUGAAAUUGUUAAUGUUCCAAUUGAUGUGGAGGAUGACGAGGAUGACGAAGAUUACAAUUUGAGUGAUUUUUUUGAAUCUGAUGAUGAUAUAAAUGAAGAUUUUGGUAUGGAGGAUGAUGGAAUCAAUAAAGCAAUUGGGGGCAAGCAGCUUGAGGGAGUUUCAAAUGGUGAAGGAGACUCAGAUCAUGGGGAUAGUGAUGAGUUAAGGAGUGCAGAAGGGUCAUCUAAUGAUGAAGGGAAUUCAAGGCCUAGGUUCCCUGAAUUUAACUAGUGCAUUGGCAUGGAGAAUGUACAGUUAGUGAAGGAUCAAAAAUUUGCAUCACAUGUAGUCUUCAAGGAGGCACUAAAGGAGUGGUGUAUUAAAGAAAAACAUGAUUUUGAGUAUAAGCACAAUGAUAAGUGGAGAGUGACAGCUGUAUGUAAAAAAAAAUGUGGUUGGAAGAUGAAUGCAUCCCAAACACAAAUGGGAGAUGCCUUUCAAAUCAAAAGUUUUAAGAGCAUACAUACGUGUGGCAAGGAUCAUAAGAAUAGUAAGAUUUCUUCAAGGUGGCUAGCCAAUAAAUAUUUGCCAUUCUUUAGAGAUGAUCAUACUUGGACAGCAAAUGCAUUGAAGGGUGCAGUGUUUAGGGACCAUGAAGUUGAUGUGACUUUGGACCAAUGUUAUAAGGCUAAGAGAAUGGCCUUCAAGAUGAUACAUGGUGCUGAGAAGAAGCAGUAUGAGAGACUUUGGGACCAUGCAUCUGCUAUUAGGAAGUGGAAUGUGGGUAGCACAGGGAAGAUACAAACUGCAAAUGAUGUGUUUGAGAGAAUGUAUGUUUGUCUUGAUGCUUGCAAAAGGGGAUUCUUAGCAGGUUGUAGGCUACUUAUUGGGAUAGAUGGUUGUCAUUUGAAGGGCUUAAAGUUAUUGCAUAAGAAUACUGAUUGAUUUCCAUUUGUUUUAUUGUAAGAAGCUAAGAGUAAAGCUUUAUAGUAUAUACAUUUUUAUUUUUCUGUCUGAUAUUUUAUGAUGGAUGAAGAUUGAGAUGUCUUUGCAAUUAAGAUGAUACUUUCUUCUAGUUGCUAUUUCUAAAGAAUUGAUUCUAGGGUAA